AUGAAACUACCUGACCAACUCCUACUAUGGCUAUACAGAGUGAUUCAACCCGAAUAUACCAACCCGGUACUCUGCUACCAGGACAUUUCUCUCAUUCUCAUGUGUUACUCUAUGUUGAAGGUGCGCACAAGUGUCUACACCAACCAGUCUGGUCAAUCUCAACUUCAGAUUAAGGUCUACGGCACGUUUCCAUCAGAAGCCAUCAAUAUGGUUAUCUGGUUUCCUAUCAGCUAUCCCCAAAUUCCCCCAGUCAUCUACAUUUCUCAUACAGAUUCUAACAAACAUCUCUCACCUAACAAUUACAUCGAUCCAAGUGGUCGGUUUUACCAUCCUUUUCUUUCCAAUUGGUCCCACAACUUUGCCAACGAUACCACAAACGAAAAUAUCAAACCACGUGAUAAUCGCUGCUUAAAAUUGAUCAAAAUAGUGAUUCAAUGUAUCAAGGAGCACCCACCGGGUGUGAAGGAAAACUCUCAAACGGUGCCCUCAGCUCAUCCUCUACCCCCUCCACCUUCCAAAACUAAUAAUGAUCCGACCUGUCCAACGACUCGUCGGAUCCAGCUUUUUGAUGAGCCAACUUCACCUAAACUCAAACAAAUCCCUCCUCUUCUUCCUGCGAAUCCAAAUAAUCUGCAAUUGCUUCAAUCAAUUCAAAAGACUCUUAAUUCUACUAUUAAGUUACAACUAUUUGAUCAAAUACCUCUUAAAGAAAUUAUUCAGACCCAGAAUCACCUUUUGCAGACUACCGAAUCAGAUCUUAACUCUCAAAAUUACCUAAAUUACAUAGAAGGGAAGAUUUUACAGGAUACACAGCUUGUACGGGGGAAAAUAACAGAGAUUUCACAUCUCAACGGCAAGUUGGAUCACGAUCUCAAGAGCAUCUUACCUCAUUUCGAUCAAUGUCUUAUCGCUGAAACUCCCGUUUAUACUCAGCUCUAUCAACUAUCAACGUCGAUCGACGCGAUCUCUGACCUCUUAUAUUAUCUUAACAAAUUACAUGACAAAGGAAAGAUCAGAUUCGACAGGUAUCUUAAGUUGGUUCGACAAUCUGCCCGGGAACAAUGCCUUCUCAAACAGCACCUUGAGAAGUUGGUUGAUAUCUGCUCCUUGGACAAGGCCAGAGGUAUCUGGUGA